AUGGCAGGCUCUGCUCAGCGCAGCUGCCAAGGCCAUACGAACUCAAUAACAGGCGGCUGGACUGUUGUUUACGAGACUGAGACCGUCUCGUGGAUAGCUGCCAAGGCCAAACGGGCCCUGUCACAAGAAACGCUUUCAAAGCUGUUUGGUUCCUGUUUGGGUACGUUUUCAGCAUCAGUGGGACUGGAUGAGAGACCCUACCAUUGCAGUGCACUGAGUGAGGAGCGUGUAACAGCUAUACGGUUUGGAAAGAGGAAUUCACGGUGGAGAGAAGCUCCACAUGCGUUUGUGCGGCUGAAGCUUCGGCCAUGGAGAAACCCGAGGAAUCCCGCCCCGUGGAGAAACCAUGGAAGUGUGGCGACUGUGGGAAAGGCUUGUUUCCCGUCUGCCCUGGAGACUCAUUGGCGCAGUCACACUGGGGAGAGGCCGUUCCCCUGCCCUGACUGCAGGAAGGACUUCAGCGAUUCCUCCAACCUCCAGACCCACCAGUGGAUCCACAUGGGGGAGAGGCCCUUAAGCUGCCCCGAGUGCGGGAAGGCCUUUACCCAGGCCGCCUCCUUGCUGACCUACCAGCGGGAUCACGUGGCAUUGCAGGAGGAUUGAAAGAAAGACGGCCGAGUGCCUUUACCAACUGGACUAUCAACCCAGUUCCAGUGGCUCCCGAGUUCGAUUCCCACAACAGAUGGCGGAAUUGGAAUU